AUGGAAAUAGGCUUUUUCAGUUUUCCGGAAUCCAUUCCUGCCUAUAAUUUCAAAACAAGAAAGUGGUAUGAAAUGACUACCGAAGGUGGAUCAGCUGUAAAUGGACGAGAAUUUCAUACAGCAUGUGUUAUUAAUAGGAAAAUGUAUGUAUUUGGUGGUGUGGAUAUUUUCAUGAAUAAUUUAGGCUUGGAUGUAUUAGAUUUAGAAACUGGUCAUUGGGAAAAACCCGAAGAGACCGGUGAUAUUCCAUGUAAACGUCGAAGUCAUUCUGCUUGGGUAUAUAAUGGAAUGAUGUAUAUCUUUGGUGGUUUUGAACAUGAUACGCGUCAAAAUUUAGAUACACUUUAUGAAUUUAAUCCUGAAACAUCUCGAUGGCGUCUUUUACAACAGUAUGGUUUGGAUCCACCGAUACCAAGACAACGACAUUGCUCGGUUCUCGUUAAUGAUCGUGUCUUUUUAUUUGGUGGUUUGGCGUAA